CGCUGAGUGGUGCGUUCUCGGAUGUGCUCCGCCUGCAUGAGCUUCUGUUUCGCGUAUGAUCAGACCGAUCACGGCAAGUCAAGCGAUCAGAGGGAGGGGAGUGCGACCCCUGUCAGGGAGGACAUCUCCAGUCUUUUCCAUGUUAUCACAGUGGAUCCUAUGACAGUUUCUUGGAAUCAAGAUCAGGAGCUCCAGGCCUGAAAAUGGACUCAAUUUCCCUGAUGGGCAGCAGCCCUGUUCGCUCCAAGGCCUCCUAUCUGCCCAACGGACUGAAGAACGGACCCAGGGAGGGCGCCAGCAAGCCCACUGUGGCCAUCAUUGGCUCGGGGGACUUCUCUAAGUGCCUAGCUAUCCGCCUACUCCACACUGGCUUCCAUGUGGUGGUAGGCAGCCGGCAGCCCAAGCGGGCAGCUGACGUCUUUCCACACGUGGUGGACGUGACCCAUCAUGAGGAUGCUGUGAGCAAAUCCUCCAUGGUUUUCCUGGCCAUCCGCAGGGAGCACUACCCCUCCCUCUGGGACAUUAAGCACUUGUUGGCAGGGAAGAUCCUAGUGGAUGUCAGCAACAACAGGCGAGUGAACCAGUAUCCAGAGUCAAACGCAGAGUACCUGGCGUCCCUUUUCCCAGAGUCUACUGUGGUCAAAGGGUUUAAUGUCAUCUCAGCCUGGGCCAUGCAGUCAGGCCCAAAAGAUGCCAGUCGACAGGUGUACAUCUGCAGCAACUCGGUGGAAGCGCGUGGGCAGGUCAUGGAGGUGGCCCGGCAGCUCGGCUUCGUGCCCGUGGACAUGGGCAUGCUCUCUUCAGCCAAGGAGGUGGAGAACAUGCCGCUGCAUCUCUUCUCUGACUGGAAGGGCCCCGUUCUAACAUCUGUGGCCCUUGCCAUCUUCUUCUUCGUCUACUCCUUUGUCCGGGACAUCAUCCACCCAUACAUGAAGAGUGGACAGAGCCUUUUUUACAAGAUCCCCUUGGAGAUGGUGAACAGGACACUGCCUGUGGUGGCCAUAACCCUGCUGGCGCUGGUCUAUCUGGCCGGGCAGCUGGCUGCUGUGCAACAGCUCUUCUAUGGGACCAAGUACAAGCGCUUCCCCCACUGGCUAGAGGGCUGGCUGCAGAGCAGGAAGCAGCUGGGCCUGCUCAGCUUCUUCUUCACCUGCGUGCAUGUGCUCUACAGCCUCUGCCUGCCCAUGAGGAGGUCUGAGCGGUACCUGCUGCUCAACAUGGCCUACCAACAGGUCCAUGCUAACAUAGAAAACACAUGGAAUGAAGAAGAGGUGUGGAGAGUGGAGAUGUAUGUCUCUUUUGGUAUCAUGAGUCUGGGCCUUCUCUCUCUUUUGGCUGUCACUUCCAUUCCUUCAGUAAACAGCGCCCUCAACUGGCGGGAGUUCAGCUUUAUCCAGUCCACGCUUGGCUACAUUGCCCUGCUUAUAGCCACUCUGCAUGCACUGCUCUUUGGCUGGAAACGGGCAUUUGAAGAGGAGGCCUAUCGCUUCUACCUGCCACCCAGCUUCGUGGUGGCCCUGGUGUUGCCCAUCACCGUGGUGGCAGGGAAGAUCGUGCUGCUGCUGCCCUGUGUGGCCCGCAGGCUGAAGAGGAUUCGCAGCGGAGGCAGCUGCAUCCGGCGUCAUCGUGACUGUGAAGGUCCUACUGCCCACAUGUCCCCAGAGAGGGUGACCAUCAUGUGACCGUAUGCACGCCCCCACGGCUCAGCCUGGCCCCACCCUGUCCAGCAACCCCCGCCCCCCUGCUACAUGACCCACCAAGAGAAGCUUCUGUGUGUAGCUGUUAAAAAUGAUGGUAAAGUGUUGUUAUGGGGCCAACCGUGAGUGGUGGCCUGUAGAAGCACAUACCAGUAAAGCAGCCAGACUCCUGUUCCAAAGGUUCCUUCUUAUGGGACUCUCCAGUGUUAAGCGAUCACUCUUGCACUCACCAGUGAAUGUAAUUGUUCACACUGGCCUGUGGCUGGAAGUAGUAUUGGAGUCAUCUGACUAGAGGCUGAGUUUGCUUUAAGUCGAAUUCAGAAGACAUUUGAGAGAGUCUCCUCUACAGUACUGCAGAGCCUUUGAUUUAAAUGCAUUGAGGUCCUUGGCUAUGUUUCCAUUCAAGUGUUUUUUAAUGAACAUUGCUUUAGUGCAAAAAUGUUUGCCGGUAUAGGCAAUGGAAUGUAAAAUUGCCUGUAAAAUUCAAGCUUAAAACUUUAAAAAUGUAGCUUAUAUCGCCAAACAAACACUAAAGCAAUUUUCUUAAAUAAUCGUAACCAAAGACACUCAAAAGCAGUCAUUAUAAGUUAUCAUAGCAAUCAAGAGCAUUAUAAAGGCAUACAUUACAGUUCUGUGUUAGUCACUUUAAACUUAGUCAUACAUGUCGCUGUAGGUAAAUUUUGGGCUAAUUUGCUGGGUACGUAAAAUGUAUUUGUCCAAAGUUCUCAGUUAUCUUUUGCAACUAUGUCUACAAAGCAAUAUCACCAAACAAGCCUCAACAAUGUCACUAAGGGACAUCACACUUCAGAACUAAUAGAAAGGCAUUUUGCUUCAACAGUCUUUUUGUGACUAAAUGUGUGUUGCUGAGUGUAUUUAACGUGCUGUUAUUUGGUGGCCAUAAAAGAAAGGGUAAAAAAAUCUGCCCCCUUUUGAUAUAGUGCGUCAUAAUAUUAGUAGUGGACCAAAACAGCUUUAUAAUGCAAUGCCUUCUCCCAUGCAUGUGUGACAAAUCAUAACCAAACCAUAAAUAUAAUCAUCCAUUUUAAUUAUCAUUCAUGCCACUGAAACUAAUACAGUGAUGCAGUGUGAUUGCAGUCCUCGGUUAACAAGCUUUGGGCUCUACUUAUGUCAACACUUAAGUGUUCUGAUCAAUGGACUUAAUUGAUUAGGAAUCAACUCAAGGUGUCUACCUGGUAGCCUAUGAUUACAACUUCAUUGCAUACUUCUCAGGUGCAGUGCCCUCUUAUGUCAUUACUGUGACGUUUUGUGUUUAUGAUAUUAAAUUGUGCCAAAGCUCAAAAUAAAGCCUAAAAAAGUAAAUUAAGAAAUAAAUAAAUAAAAACUUUGGCAUUUUAA